CGAGAGAGGAAGUGCAGGCGCCCGGGGCGUACUGGGUAAGCAGAGUGUCUAGGGACCAACAGGCCAGUCACGUGUGCCUGAAACUCGACCUAAGGGGUGGGGAAGGGACGGGAACCCCCGCCCCCACCUUGGGGCGCUGCUCCCAACGCCUGUAAAUACAGCUAUCAACUCAGCUGAUCGCGUAGUCCAUGCUUCCCGGACCUGUGGCACCCGGACCCCAGAUCCUCCGCUUCUUCCGAGGGCGCAGACGAGGUGAGACCGGCGGGCGGUGGAGCCGAAGCUCCGAGCCCCGCUGGCUCUGGCGGGAAAGAGCCCCGCGUGGAUGCGAAUUGGGAUUGAGAUCCUGGGUCUCCGGAGAGCCGGAGUGUGGAACCGCCGCGAAGGCUCUGUGUUACCCCGGGUGUCAAGAGCUGCGGGGGGCAAGUUCGCUGGGGACAGAGUCUUGGCCACGAUGGCCCCCACACUGAAGCAGGCGUAUGGAAGGCGCUGGUGGAUGGCUUGCACAGCUGUGCUGGAAAACCUCUUCUUCUCCGCGGUGCUCCUGGGCUGGGCCUCCCUGCUGAUCAUGCUCAAGAAAGAAGGCUUCUAUUCCAGCCUGUGCCCAGCUGAGAACAGGACCAAUACCACCCAAGAUGAACAGCGCCAGUGGCCAACCUGUGACCAGCAGGACAAGAUGCUCAACCUGGGCUUCACCAUCGGCUCCUUCCUGCUGAGCGCCACCACGCUGCCUCUGGGGAUCCUCAUGGACCGCUUUGGGCCCAGGCCCCUGCGCUUGGUGGGCAGCGCCUCCUUCGCCGCAUCCUGCACGCUCAUGGCCUUGGCCUCCCGGGACACCGAAGUUCUGUCUCCGCUGAUAUUCCUGGCGCUGUCCCUGAAUGGGUUUGCUGGCAUCUGCCUAACGUUUACCUCACUUACCCUGCCCAACAUGUUUGGGAAUUUGCGCUCCACCUUCAUGGCACUCAUGAUUGGCUCCUACGCAUCUUCUGCCAUCACUUUCCCUGGAAUCAAGCUGAUCUACGAUGCUGGCGUAUCCUUCAUGGUCAUCAUGUUCACUUGGUCUGGCCUGGCCUGUCUUAUCUUUCUGAACUGUGCUCUCAACUGGCCUGCAGAAGCCUUUCCUGCCCCUGAGGAAGUUGAUUACACGAAGAAGAUCAAACUCAUUGGGUUAGCCUUGGACCACAAGGUCACAAGUGACCGCUUCUAUACCCACAUAACCGUCGUGGGUCAGCGGCUGAGUCAGAAGGCCCCUAGCCUGGAGGAGGGGUCUGACACCUUUAUUUCAUCUCCAGACAUCCCUGGCACCUCAGAGAAGCACCCCGAGAAGUCUCUCCCUUUUCGAAAGAGCCUGUGCUCCCCCAUUUUCCUGUGGAGCCUCAUCACCAUGGGCAUGACCCAGCUGCGGGUCAUGUUCUACAUGGCCGCCAUGAACAAGAUACUGGAGUUCUUUGUGACCGGUGGCCAGGAAUUUGAGACGACUGAGCAGAGACAGAUGGUGGAAGGGAUAGUGGAGUCCUACUCCUCCGUCUUUGGAGUCAUGCAGCUGCUGUGUCUCCUCACCUGCCCCCUCAUCGGCUACAUCAUGGACUGGCGCAUCAAGGACUGCGUGGAUGCUCCUGCCGAGGGUGCCGCGAUGGAGAGAGCUUCCUUUGGAGAUGCCAGAGACGGGGCUACCACCAAGGUCAGCGGACUGCGCUCCCGUAAGAUCCAAAAGCUCACCAACGCCAUCAACGCCUUCACCCUGACCAACCUUCUGCUUGUGGGUUUUGGCAUCAUCUGCCUCAUCAGCAACCUACAGCUGCAGUUGGUGGCUUUUGUCCUGCACACCAUGGUUCGUGGUUUCUUCCAUUCGGCCUGUGGAGGUCUCUACGCUGCAGUGUUCCCAUCCAACCAUUUUGGGACACUGACAGGCCUUCAGUCCCUCGUCAGUGCCGUGUUUGCUCUGCUGCAGCAGCUGCUCUUCAUGGCCAUGGUGGGACCCUUGCACGGAGAUCCCUUCUGGGUGAGAGCCGCUUCAACAUGGGCCCAGGGGGAGGGGCAGGGGUUGGCGUGUGCUGGAACCCCUCACUCUUUGCAUGUCAGCCAGGGGGUGCCAUGGAGAUUCCUAACCUGGGCUGUCCGGCUGGUUGCUCAUCAGAACCCUUCCCAGAGGGUUAAAACCCAAAGGGCUCCCAGCCUUAGAUCAGCCCCUGUCCUGAUCUGCUUCCAAGGGUCUGCUUUUAUUCUGUUUUACUCUUAAAAACUUCAGCAUAUAUGUAGUGAGUGUGUGUGAGGGCAUUCAUGCUUGCGCUUGUGUACAUGUACACGUAUGUCAUGGCUGACACGGGGAGGAUUCCUUGAUGGCCUUCCACCGUAUUCACGGAGGCAAGGACUGUCUGUUGAACUCAGAGCUGAGCAAUGUGAAUAGUCCAGUGAGCCAGUUUUCUCCAGGGAACAGGACAGGUGAACUGCUGAUCCCAUCCUCUGGCCCUCAUGCAUGUCCUGGAAGAGCUUUUCCCACUGAUGUGUCUUCAUAAGGUCCCAGGCGAGUCUUGGGCUGGCCUGGUCAUGGUCCUGGGGAGUGCGUUCACCCUGGACAGAUGGAGGCACCCUCCUCAGUACUCUUGAAAUAGGCUCCUCCCAGCUGGCUCGGGAUUUUGAGUGGCAGAGUGCCUGCUCCUGCGUGAGGUCCCACUGUUGUCACCAAGUCCCCCUCCUCUUACUCAGGUGAGCCUGUGGGACGCUGGGCCAUGCACCCCCUCCUGAGUAAAUGUGCCAUAUUACCCUCUCCGCAGCCUGCUGAGCAGUUGCCGCGCAGCAUGCCGGGUUUUCUUUCCCCUCAUCUUUGCCUCAGUCGACCUGUGAAGGAGGGGCUCGGAGCUGAGAUUCUUUGCCCAAAGUCACUCAUGAGUCAAGGGGUAGGAUGUGAUCCUCAGGAGCUCCCGGAGGUUGAAGUCCUGGGCGUGGCAAGCCCCGAGUGCUCCGGGAUGGCUAUAUAUCCAUUCUGCCUCUUUCGGCCAGGACAGAGAGCCGCUUCUUGCCAGCCUAGUGGGUUCCUCCUGGCUGGCACAAGCCUGCCUCCAGGGCCAGAGAGUGUUGCGUUGUGGCGCCUGACUGUGGCUUCCUAUACGUCAGGGUGUCACUCAGCACCUUGGCCAGGUGGCUGGCCAUCCAGGUGCUGGUGGAGUGGUCGGCACCCCUGCUGGGUCUGAGCACGCCUCUUCCCUUCUGGACCUGGAGGGCAGAGUCUGCCCUAUUCUCUCAGGCAGGUCCCUGAAGGAGGUGUUCAGUCAGCACCCAGCUCACUUUCCUUGCUUCUCUCUCCAUGCUCUGAAGGUGCAUCUGGGCCUCCUGAUUCUCUCAUUCCUGGGAUUUCUCCUACCUUCCUACCUCUUCUACUACCGGGCCCGUC